AUGUGCCCAGGACCCAACGAGAACGGCGUGAACGGCCAGAAUGGUGUCAGCGGCCAGAACGGGCACUCGACCGACCAGGCCACCAAGAAGCGCGCCGCUGCCGGGCCCUACCAGCCCGUGGGCGACGCCCUGUCCAACAUUGCGAAUUUCAAGAUCAUCGAGAGUACCCUGCGCGAGGGCGAGCAGUUCGCCAAUGCCUUCUUCGACACAGAGACCAAGAUCAAGAUAGCCACCAUGCUCUCGGAUUUCGGUGUCGAGUAUCUCGAGCUUACCUCGCCCGCAGCCUCUCCCCAGUCACGCGCUGACCUGGAGACCAUCUGCAAGUUGGGCCUCAAGUCCAAAAUCCUUACGCACACACGGUGUAAUAUGGAAGACGCCAAGCUGGCCGUCGAAUGUGGUGUGGACGGAAUCGACGUUGUUAUCGGGACAUCCAGCAUGCUCCAGGCUCACUCGCAUGGCAAGGACAUGGAAUACAUCACCCGGACCGCCAUCGAGGUCAUAGAGUUUAUCAAGAGCAAGGGAAUCGAGGUCCGCUUCUCGUCCGAGGACUCCUUCCGCUCCGACCUCGCAGAUCUACUCUUCCUUUACAAGGCCGUCGACCGCGUCGGUGUCAACCGCGUUGGUGUAGCAGACACAGUCGGCUGCGCCACGCCCCGCCAGGUUUACGACUUGGUUCGGACAUUAAGGACCGUGGUCGGUUGCGACAUUGAAAUUCACCUACACAAUGACACCAUGUGCGCUGUUGCGAAUGCGUAUGCUGCGCUGGAAGCUGGAGCGACACAUAUCGACACGUCCGUUCUUGGCAUUGGCGAGCGCAAUGGCAUUACGCCCCUUGGUGGUCUCCUUGCCCGCAUGAUUGUCUCGAGCCACGAGUAUGUGACUUCAAGAUACAAGCUCCACAAGCUCAAGGAAGUCGAGGACUACGUGGCGGAAACAGUCCAAAUCAACGUUCCCUUUAACAACCCUGUUACUGGCUUCUGUGCAUUCACCCACAAGGCCGGUAUCCAUGCCAAGGCCAUCCUGAACGAGCCAAGCACCUACGAGAUCAUCAACCCCGCGGACUUCGGUAUCGGACGAUACAUCCACUUUGCACACCGAUUGACUGGCUGGAAUGCUAUCAAGAGCCGUGUUGAGCAGCUGGGUCUCGCCAUGAACGAUGACCAGAUCAAGAUCUUGACGAACCAGAUCAAGGCUAUGGCUGAUAUCCGCCCGCUUGCCAUUGAUGACACCGACUCGGUCAUCAGAGCCUUCCACUUUGAAUUGCAAGGGGAGGAUGUUGACAAGAUGAACUCGACAGGAGCCUUGACAGUGGAGAAUUAA